UUUACAGCUAACUUAACGUCCUUUCUUUAAUGGAAAGAGUACCAUCGAGCUCUGUGACCAUCGGAAUCCACAAAUAUUAUAACACCCUUAAAACUCCCUUUCUCUCCUCCCUACAUUGAGACUCUUUCCCAAACAUACCCCUCAGUCCUCGAAACCCUAACUAAGCAGAGACCACAUUAAAACCCCCCCCUCCCAUUCGGCCAUUCCUCCCCCUCCCCCUACAGCGAGAAGCUCGGGUUUAUCCGAAAUGGAUGGGGUCGGGUCGGGUUAUCGGUACGGUGGGGGUGACCGGAGGCUCGAGGUUGUGAGUGGAAAUGGAAAGGGGUUUGGGUCCAACAACCAGGUCUACGAGACUCGGCCUGGCUCGCCCGGAUCGGCACCGGUUCCGCAGAGAGUGACUCGGACGAGUCAGUCCGCGUCGAAGCCGUGGGGCUUUAGCGACUCGGAGAUGAAGAGGAAGAAGAGGAUCGCCAAGUACAAGGUUUACACGGUUGAAGGUAAGGUCAAGGCUUCGCUGAGGAAUGGGCUCCGUUGGAUCAAGAACAAGUGCUCUCAGAUCGUCCGCGGGUACUAGGUUGUAUUUCAUGAAUGGACGAUGAAGAUCGGGCCCGUUUGCUGGUGGUCCCGGAUCUGAUUGGUCCUGGACAUUUUGGUGAGAGAGGAAGAGAGGGAGAUCCGAUACUUGCCAUAGAAGAGCUGUGGGGAAAGAAGCAUAAAAAACGGAUGCUUUUUUGCCUGUUUAUUAUGAUUAUAGCUUCCGUUUUUUCGGUUCAAGUGUUCAAUUUAUUCCAUAAUCUCCAUUCUUUUUUAUAAUUAAUUUCUAUUACAUU